GAAAGGUGAUCAAUCUUCAUCAGGCUACAUUUCCAAUCACCUAAACAACCCGGCAAGACAAGCCACUCCGACAAGGUUGGCUGCCCCGCGCGGGUCUGUGUGAGGGCGCGAGGUAGAUGGUGAGCGGCCCCGGCAGCUGAGGGCAGGCCGGGCCCCCAGGUGCCAAAGAGCUUGAAGGACUGCGCAGUGGGAGCCCCGCACUGCACCAGGCCCCGGCCCCCUGGAUCCGUCGGGGCGCCUCCACCCAGCUGUUAGCAUGAUGUCUUACCUCAAACAACCCCCAUACGGCAUGAACGGGCUGGGCCUGGCCGGGCCAGCCAUGGACCUCCUGCAUCCUUCCGUGGGCUACCCCGCCACCCCGCGGAAGCAGCGGCGGGAACGCACUACCUUUACACGCUCACAGCUGGACGUGCUCGAGGCGCUCUUCGCCAAGACUCGCUACCCUGACAUCUUCAUGCGCGAGGAGGUGGCGCUCAAGAUCAACCUGCCGGAGUCCAGAGUUCAGGUCUGGUUCAAGAACCGCCGUGCCAAAUGCCGCCAGCAGCAGCAGAGCGGGAGCGGGACCAAGAGCCGCCCAGCCAAGAAGAAGUCGUCCCCGGUGCGGGAGAGCUCGGGCUCGGAAAGCAGCGGCCAGUUCACGCCUCCCGCUGUGUCCAGCUCCGCCUCGUCCUCCAGCUCAGGAUCCAGCGCCUCCGCCAACCCAGCGGCGGCAGCGGCGGCAGGCCUGGGCGGGAACCCGGCGGUGGCAGUCCCGUCGUCGUUGAGUACGCCGGCUGCCUCAUCCAUCUGGAGUCCGGCCUCCAUCUCGCCGGGCUCAGCGCCCGCGUCGGUGUCAGUGCCCGAGCCCUUGGCCGCGCCUAGCAACGCGUCGUGCAUGCAGCGCUCGGUUGCUGCAGGCGCCGCCUCGGCUGCAGCCUCUUAUCCCAUGUCCUACGGCCAGGGCGGCAGCUACGGGCAGGGCUACCCCGCGCCCUCGUCUUCCUACUUUGGCGGCGUGGACUGCAGCUCCUAUCUAGCGCCCAUGCACUCGCACCACCACCCGCACCAGCUCAGCCCUAUGGCACCCUCCUCCAUGGCCGGCCACCAUCACCACCAUCCGCACGCGCACCAUCCGUUGAGCCAGUCCUCAGGCCAUCAUCACCACCAUCAUCACCACCACCACCAGGGCUACGGCGGCUCAGGGCUCGCCUUCAACUCUGGCGAUUGCUUGGAUUACAAGGAGCCUGGCGCCGCCGCUGCUUCCUCGGCUUGGAAACUCAACUUCAAUUCGCCCGACUGUCUGGACUAUAAGGACCAAGCCUCAUGGCGGUUCCAGGUCUUGUGA